UUUAUGUUUGCAAAAUAAAUUAGUAUCAUCAGCAAAUAAAUGGAAAUCAAAAAAUUUAAAGCAAUAGUGAAAGUCAUUAAUAUAUAACAAGAAGAGAAUUGGUCCAAGGACUGACCCCUGAGGAACACCACAUGAAAUAUUGACAGAGGUAGAAGUUACACCAUUUAUAGUGACUGUUGCAAACGAUUUGCAAGAUAUGAACUAAACCACUGGUUUGCAAUCCCACGUAUGCCAUAAAACUCCAGUUUUCCUGACAAUAUCUCAUGAUGUAUGGUAUCAAAUGCCGUACUGAAAUCUAAAAAUAUACCACAAGAAUAAUCCGCAUCAUCAAUUGCCCUUUGAAUUCUAUCAACUCAACUUACACCUAAAUAUUUGGUUCAUUUCCAAUUAGAAAUACCAACAAUUCUCUAAAUACGAGCUAUUCAUAAUAAAGGAGGAAAAAAGAAUACGGAGAGCAAAGGUUUAAACGAGACCUUCCUCUUCGCAUUACACAGCAAGACUGACUACUAUAAUCUAAUUCAACAAUUUUUGUUUUCCCUUUUAAGAAACCUCUUUUUUAAGGCUAUUUGAUUCAUAUUGGCCGGUGGCCACUUUCCGACAAAAUGUUUUAUCCGGAAACGUCGGAGGAAAUGAGUGUUUUUCUUCAAUAAACUGAGCCUUAUCAAUGUCAGUUGACCGGAAUGAUCAAAACAAAAGUAUUCUUUCUCUCUCAGACUUUGCGCAAUGGAGCUCUUGAGGAUUAUCUCCCGUUGCAUGACUGAAAAUGAGUGCUCAAAGACUAUAAUUUGUCAAGGUUAAAGCUUCUGAUUCUACGUUCCGACCACAGAAACCUCUUUCAUCAUUUUCCGUUUAUCAUUUAAACCUUUGCCUUGUUCUAUAGAACCUGCUGGUGCCUUCAACAUGACGUACAAUUUCACCGAAGCGCCUCCCGACGGAGGAUUCCUGGUCCCGCGCGACAUUCAAAUCGGAGUCACAGUGAUGGCCGUUACCGCUUUUAUACUGGCAACAAUUGGUAACUCGUUAGUUAUUUACAUCGUUUACACAGUAAAACAGAUGAAGAACUCAACAAACAUCCUCAUCGCCAACAUGGCUGUUGCGGAUCUUCUCAUGACCAUAGAUUUUCCUUACAUUCUCAAAUUCUGUUUCAUUUGGAAUAGAUGGUUUGGCACGUUCAUGGGCACUGCGUUAUGCAAGUUCUUCCACUCAGCUCAAGUUGGUUCCUUGGCCGCCUCAGUGUUCAGUUUAGUGGCAGUUUCUUUGGAUCGCAGUUUUGCCGUCUUAUCUCCUUUGAAGACGAUAGUGACAACAAACGUUUUGAGAUUCGCAAUCGCCGUGAUUUGGCUCGGCGCAUUGGCUUUAAUGAUUCCAGUGAUGUUUGUGACGACCACGAAGCAAGAAGAGAAAACAAAAACUGUGAUAUGUACAGAGGAUUGGUCGGCAUUGUCACGUGACGUCUACACCCUUAUUUUAUUUGUCAUAGGUUACGCCAUUCCAUUAUUUGCAAUCACUGUGUCCUACUUCCUGGCCGCAUUGCACCUUUGUAGGAGAAAAUUACCCGGACAUCAGAAUCCUAUUGCUAACAAAAAAGUUCAGAAAACGAGCAGACGUGCGACUGUUAUGUUGGUAACAGUGGUGGUGGUUUUUGCUCUCUCGUGGCUUCCAUUCCAAGUUCUAGAGAUGAUUGCAACUUAUAAUUUUAAAUUUUUCCUGGAGAUUCCCAAGCAAGUUAAAUUUGUAAUCCCAUGGUUUGGUUUCUAUAAUAGUGCCAUUAAUCCAAUUCUUUACGUGAUCUUUUCGAUGAAUUAUCGACGCGAAUUUUAUCGGAUUCUAUGCAAAAGAUCAAGCCCAAAGGAACGUUUCAGAGUAGCAGCUAAUGGUGAGAGAGACAUUGGGCCAAUAGCCCGAAACUUGAUGAAACUCAACGUACCCUGUGAUACCUUGGAACUUAGUACAUCCCGUGAUACCUUAGAACUCUAUGUAUCCUGUGAUGUAUUGGAGACCCGUCUGUAGACAGGAAAGCCACUUGCUUCUCAUGUGAACUCUCCACUUUAUCAUUAGCCGUCCCUACAAUUCACAUCCUGUAUUCCCUGUAAGCUAUUUCAGCUGUUCUGUGCCUUUCCAAAGAAAUCAGCUACGUUUUUCUUUUUUAAUAUCAAACGACUUUAUCUAGUCGUUUAGAGAACGUCGGCGUCAACGCCGUUCGAGGUUGUACUUAAUGACAGAGCGAAAACUCGUUUUAGCUUUAUAAAAACUUUGGCUGUUGUUGAAUCUUGUUUAAUAAACUGUUUGAUACAGAAAACAAUCAAGUAAUACGUUGAAUCAACUUUGCAAAUAAGAAGAGUGCACAAGCGGCAGCCACCUUGACAUUCUCUCUUGUCUA